AUGCAAUUUGAUCAUGUCUAUUUUAAGCCCCAGCCCAAGGGCAAGACAAACUCAUCUGGUCAACUUAAAGUUUCUCCAAAUGUGUUAAACAAAGUAAAAAAUGAAUCUAGUAUUCGAAAGGUGACUGAAAAUGGCAACAAUGUAAAAAAUGUGCAGAUUGUGAUUACCUCUGACUUACCUGAUGUACAGUAUGUAAAAGAAAGUGACUUAAUUGUACCAUCACAAAACAGUGAGUCUAAUGGUAUGGAAACCAUCAAUGUUGAUGAAUACGACAGUGAUAUGUUAAACAAUUUGAACUUCGAUCUUUUGGAGGACCUUGAAAACAUACUGAAAGCUGACACAGAUGGUUUGGCUUGUCCUAACGACAAUUAUUUACAAUCUCAAAAGGAUAAGAAUGGACUAGUUGUAAACGAGAAAAACCGACAAGGACAGAAGAGGAAAACGAGUGAAAUUGAGACAAUUGUUGACACUCUUAAAUGUAAUAUUCCUGACAAAGAAUUGACUGUAGAUUCUGAUUAUGUCAGUGAUAUUCCCUCCCCAUACAGUGCUUCAUCACCUUACAGUUCCCAAAGUUUAGGGUCUCCAUUAAGUGACACAAACAUUGAAUCUCCUCUAACGGACAGUGUAUGGGAGGAAUCAUUCACAGAACUAUUUCCAGAUCUAAUGUAA